UUUCCUGGUCUGGUCACGUGGUCUUCCAAGAUGGCCGCGCCCUGUAGCGAAGGGGUGUAGUAGCAGGAGCUGUGCAAGCAGGUUUAAAUGACAGUUGAGGAGACGCAGGUCGCAUCUGACAUCUCCAGAGAGAGACAGAGGAGCGUGUGAGAAAGCCGUGCCCCUCUUCAGAGCCGCCGACAUGAGCAGCGACGGUGUAAUGCUCCCCAAGGACUUCCCCCAGCUCCAGAACGACGUGUUCCUGCGAGCAGCCCGAGGAGAAGACACUGAGCAUGUCCCUGUGUGGUGCAUGAGGCAGGCUGGGAGAUACCUACCAGAGUUCCGUGAGUCCAGAGCUGGGAAGGACUUCUUUGAGACGUGUCGGUCACCAGAGGCCUGCUGCGAGCUCACUCUGCAGCCUCUGAGACGUUUCCCCUUCGAUGCUGCCAUCAUCUUCUCUGACAUCCUGGUGAUCCCACAGGCCAUGGGUAUGGAUGUCCAGAUGGUGGCGGGUAAAGGCCCCACGUUCCCGGACCCCCUGAAGGAGCCGGAGGACCUGCAGCGCCUGCGGGCCAAAGUGGACGUGGACAAAGAGCUGGGCUACGUCUUCAAAGCCAUCACGCUGACCAGACACAAGAUAGAGGGCAAAGUGCCGCUCAUAGGAUUCACUGGAGCUCCGUGGACGCUGAUGUCCUACAUGAUAGAAGGCGGGGGCUCCAGGACCUUCUCUAAAGCCAAGCGGUGGCUGUACAGACACCCCGAGGCCAGCCACAUGCUGCUGAGGAUGCUGACGGAUGUGAUCGUGGAGUAUCUGCUGGGACAGGUGUCAGCUGGAGCUCAGGCCCUGCAGGUGUUUGAGUCUCACGCCGGCAUUCUGGGGCCGGUGGAGUUCAAAGAGUUCUCUCUGCCUUACCUUCGAGACAUCGCUCGCGGCGUCAAAGAUAAACUGAAGGAGACAGGAAAGGACGUUCCCAUGAUUGUGUUUGCAAAGGAUGCUCACUAUGGUCUAGAGGAUCUGUCUCAGUCUCAUUAUGAGGUGGUCGGGCUGGACUGGACCAUUGACCCACGAUCAGCACGGGAACUCACGGGAGGGAAGGUCAGCCUGCAGGGAAACAUGGAUCCUUGUGCUCUCUACGCUCCAAAGGAGUGCAUUUCAGACAUUGUGAAGAAGAUGCUGGAGGGUUUCGGCACGAGGGGCUACAUCGCCAACCUGGGCCACGGCCUCUACCCGGACAUGGACCCGGAGAACGUGGGCGCCUUCGUGGAAGCCGUGCACCAGCACUCUAAACGGAUGAACAAGCAAAUGUAACGCUGCUUCUGUGUGAGCGAGCGGGCAAUGAUGAUGGUGAUCGGGGAACAUGUACCUGCAUUAUUUUAUUAAAAACGUUUAGAAGUUGAAUAAUUCAUUCCUAGAGACUUUUUUUUUAGGAAGAGAACUAAACAACACUGUCCUAAUACUAAUGUUUGACGCACACAUUCCCCAGUGUAGAACUGUUCAUCACAUAAUAAAGACUUUGAUCUGGCCGGGA